AUGCAAAAAAUUGACGACGCAACCAAGAUUAAGGCCAUCCGUGAGCUCGGUCCUAUGCUUGAUCGGAUCCUUAAAUACCUUGCACAUGCCACGGGUGGGUGGAAGUUCACAAUCCUUAUGGGAGGGAAGGAUCCUAGCACUGGAGAGGUGUCUGUGUUCAACUAUCAUGUUGGCGAACUUGAGAGUGGGGCACAAUUUGAUCAGACUUACGCCAAAUUUGAUGUGGUGCAGGCUGCAUUCCUAGCCUUCGUCAAAGACGCUCUCGCAUUUGAGUCGACACUGCCCCAAGACUCAGAUGCUGAGGAUGCAGAAGAUUCAUCAUCAGACUCGCAUGAUGGUUCAGAUGAGGAGUGGGCGACAACGAGCGGCAGUGAGCAUAGUGAGGAGGGGGCGACAACGAGUGGCAGUGAGCAUGGUGAUCAUCGUGUGGAAGAAGAGGACUUGGAUGAUCUCCUACCAAACAGCGCCCAUCGAAUCAACACUGCGGGCAUGUACCGGAUGACUCCUCAGUCUGAGUCAUCCAUCGACGAUUUUGGCGCCGCCAUAGCAUCAACUGAUGCAUUACUUCCAUGUGCGCAAAUCUUGGGUGAUGCAUCAUCUGGUUCUCAGCUCCCGAGUGAUUCCCACUUGGCUUCGUUCAACAACCCUCCCAACCUACCCGUGUUUGACCACGAAAUUUCAACAUCAGCAUUCUGGAAGCUCUCCCCGAAGCCCCCCCCCCUUCAAUCCAACCCAUAUCCUGAAGUCUUUAUCCCUCCAGCUCCUCGCACUGAUGACAUAUCAUCUACACAAUAUCCUGAAGUCUUUAUCCCUCCGGCUCCUCGCGCUGAUGAUACAUCAUCUAACCAAUAUUCCCAAGUCAUUAUCCCUCCGGCUCCUCACGCCCAUGAUGCAUCAUCUACUCAAUAUCCCGAAGUUGUUAUCCCUCCGGCUCCUCCCGCUGAUGAUGCAUCAUUUGCCCAAUAUUCGCAAGUCGUUAUCCCUCCGGCUCCUGAUACAUCAUCUGCCCAAUAUUCGCAAGUCAUUAUCCCUCCGGCUCCUCCCGCUGAUGAUGCAUCAUCUGCCCAAUAUUCUCAAGUCGUAAUCCCUCCGGCUCCUCGUGCCGAUGUUGAAAAUAUGGGAACACCCAAUGAAUCUGAUGGUGCUGGCACUGCACCAACUUCAUCAGUCCAAGCUGGAGCUGAGCGUCGUCGUGGAAGGCGCACACAACAACGUUCACAACUGACCGUGCCCACUUCCUCGGCAGAUGAAAUCCAACCACUCCCAGAUGGGCAUCGCCGAGUGCGCAAACCCUUCAAUGCAAGAGAACGUGACAACGAUAUUGGCGGGCCAACGAAGCGCGCUCGGCAUACAUAA